CUUUGACUUUGGGCUUACCCAUGCUUUAUUGCAUCCCACUGACGCAAGCUUGUCCCCGUUCUUGAACAUCCAUCUCCUCACUGCUCUGCAGACCUGCGUCGGCCGAUCCGACUCUUGACAGAAAAAGAUACCCAAGCGCCCUCUCCGUCGGCGCCGUCAAAUACACUGAAACCCGCCGCCCUUUGGCCAAUCGCAUCGCAACUGCACAGGAACUUCACCGUCGCCAUGCCCCUCGCGCGACUCUCGCCAUCCUACCGUUAAAAACCUCUACGUCGAAUCCGUCCCUCCUCCCACCUGGGCACUCCUCGACCUCCGGUGCCUCUACCGAUCACAGUCGAGAUCGCUGCUCAUUCUUUUGCGCCGCCAUCAUGGGCCUCGGCAUCCUCGAGCCCAAGUCUGGUGAACAAGUGCCCGGAACCACAAGAUACUUUGAUGACCGCGAUGGGCCCCAAGAGGUGCGGGAAAACGGAACAGCCCUCAAGUGCGACACCAGCGGCAAGGUUCCCAUUAUUCUCAUCCCCCAGCCAUCCGAUGAUCCCAACGACCCUCUAAACUGGCCGCUAUGGAAGCGCGACCUCAUCACCUUCGCUCUCUGCUUUGCCGGCAUCCUGGCCACCUCGCUUGGCUCCAUUCUCGCCUCCAACACGCUCGUCAUUAGCACCGAAUUCGUCGUUUCCCUGACAAAGACUGCCGUCCUCACCGGCUAUUUCUUACUCGGCGCUGGCAUCGCAGCCACCUUUUUCGUCCCGUCGGGUCGCGUCUGGGGCAAGCGCCACCUCUUCCUCAUCGGCAUCGUAAUCUGCAUCGCAUCGAGCGUCUGGGCCGGCGCGGGGGGCACAAACUACAACAGCAUGGCCGCCGCGAGGGCCUUCCAGGGCGUAGGCGCCGCUCCUUUCGAGAGCCUUCUUAAUGCCGCCGUCGGCGACCUCUAUUUUGUGCAUCAGCGAGGCCUCCGCAUGGCCUUCACCAACCUGGCCGUCUUUGGCGGAGCCUUUUUGACGCCCGUCUUCGUCGGCAAAAUCACCGAACAGCUGGGUUGGGAGUGGAGCUUUUACUUCGUUGCCAUCUUCAUGGCCCUGACUCUGCCGGUCGUGUUCCUCUUCUGUCCGGAACCAGCCUACCGUCGAGACUAUAGGCUCAACAUUGACGAAAACACGUCGGACGAAGUCAAGCUGAACCCGGCGCCCGCUUCGGCCAAUUCUUCGUCGGGCGCUGGGGGCCCAGACGGGUCCUACGCCCCCGUUUCGGAAAAGCAGCCUGGUUUUGUCUUGUUCCCGACGUCUCGGGAAAUGCAACCCCUGGGUCAUGCCCAAACACCCAAGAAAUCGUUUAUCCAGUCCCUUUCCCUAUUCGACGGAAGAAAGACAGAUGAGCGCUAUUGGGUGCUCCUCCUCCGCCCCUUCCCACUCAUCAUGAACCCGGCCUUUAUCUGGGGUUGCCUUAUACAAGGGGCCAUGAUCGGGUGGACUAUUUUCAUCGCAGUCCUCAACGCCAUUGUCUUCAUCGGCCCGCCAUAUUGGUGGGGUGAGGUCAAGGCCGGAUACACAUACACAGCCCCGUUCGUAGGGGCCGUUGGCGGCUUCAUCGUCUGCGGUCUCCUCGCUGACAGCAGCGUCAGGGUGCUCACAAAGCUCAACAAGGGAAUAUACGAGCCCGAAUUUCGCAUCUUCCUCGUGCUCCCCAUGCUCAUCGCGGGCGGCAUUGGGCUCUAUGGCUUUGGCAUCACGGCCCAGAACAUCAUGUCGGGCCAGUUCACCUAUAUUGUGCCGCUCAUCUUCUUUGCGUUCGAAGUGGCGGGCAUGGUCAUUGGCACCGUGGCCAGCUCGCUGUACAUUGUGGACGCAUACCGAAGCAUGACGGUCGAGGGGUUCACCCUGAUGAUCAUAUUCAAGAACAUCUUCAGCUUCAUCCUGACGUGGUACGCUUACGACUGGAUCACCCACGGAGGCAUCAAGAGCGUCUUCGUCAUCGUCGCGUCCGUACAGGUGGGCAUUUGCCUGCUAAGCAUCCCCAUGUACAUAUAUGGAAAGCGUGUCAGGGCAUAUUUUCACCACCACGACGUCCAGGCCAUUUGCGGGCUGCGAUGAUGCUGAUACCCGUCCUUCGUCUCUUCUUUUGGCGUUGUAUUCCUCUCUCUGUUCAAUCCGCGCAUCUCGUCGGAAACCACGGUGUUUAGGGGUCAUGAAGAAUGAUGUGAUUUUAGUCUGGUGCUUUCGGGGGUACAGUAAGACGGGCAACUGCGAUAGGCGGCAGGGUGCUAGGCGCGCGGGAUAUAACGAGGGCAUCCAAGUAAUGUUCACUAUGCUGGCACACGCGAACGUGUAUUGACUACAGCCUGGUGGGAGAGUAGGUCGAGUUCAUCAUGGCCCGUUAAUCAUGUCCAUUGAGUGGUAUCAGAAUUGAAACGAAGCAAAACCAAAAAGAAAAGACACCAAACCCCCCUUUGUCCCGUCACUGCGACCGCUUUUGUCGAGACGGCCGACGCCCAUGUACGCUGCCAAGUUGCC